AUGUCAAAUCCCAAGAUGAUGCAUUAAUUAAAUGCCUACGUUAACCACCAAAUCUAAGAGAGAAAGAAGAAGAAGAAGAAGAAGAAGAGAAGAAGAAAGAUGGGAUCCAUUGCAGGACAAGAUGAACAUGAGAAGAAACCUCAUGCCGUGUGCAUCCCUUAUCCAGCACAAGGCCACAUAACCCCCAUGCUCAAGCUUGCCAAGCUCCUCCACUCCAAUGGCUUUCACAUUACUUUCAUCAACUCUGAAUACAAUCACAAACGUCUCCUCAAUUCCAGAGGUCCGUCUUCUCUUGAUGGUCUCCAUGACUUCCAAUACAAGACCAUCCCUGAUGGUCUCCCUCCUUCCCAUUUUGAGGCCACCCAAGACAUCCCUUCUUUGUGCCACUCCACCAUGACCACUUGCUUGCCAUUCUUUCGCCAACUUCUUAUUGAUCUCAUGCAUCCACGUACCGAUUCUGGCGUCCCUCCGGUUACAUGCAUCAUCGCCGACGGCGUCAUGAGCUUCACUCUUGAUGCUGCUGUGGAGUUGGGCAUCCCUGAGUUCUUGUUCUGGACUACAAGUGCUUGUGGCUUCAUGUGUUAUCUUCACUAUCACCUUCUCAUUGCCAAGUCCUUGGCUCCUCUUAAAUCUAUGGAGGAUAUCAGCAAUGGAUAUCUGGAAACACCAGUGGAGUGGAUUCCAGGGAUGAAGAACAUGCGUUUAAGGGACUUCCCUAGCUUCAUUAGAACAACUAACAGAGAGGACAUAAUGAUAAACUUUGCACUGCAUGAGACUUCUAGAGUUUGCAUGGCAAAAGGGAUAAUUCUCAACACGUUCUCAGACCUAGAGCAUGAAGUACUUGAUGCAAUGUCAAGCAUGGCCAACGUUCCUCCAGUGUAUACUAUUGGUCCACUGUGUUUGAUGUCCAAACUCUUGAUUCCUCAAGAUAGUCCAUUGGCUGCCAUGGAUUCAAACUUGUGGGUAGAGGAGAAGAAAUGCUUGGAGUGGUUGGAAGGGAAGGAGAAAGGGUCAGUUGUGUAUGUGAACUUUGGCAGUAUUACAGUGAUGACAAGCCAGCAAUUGGUGGAGUUUGCGUGGGGUUUGUGUAACAGUAACAAAGAGUUCUUGUGGAUCAUAAGGCCUGAUCUUGUUAGAGGUGACAAUGCAGUGCUACCAGAAGAGUUUUUGAUGAAAACCAAAGAAAGGAGCAUGUUAGCAAGUUGGUGUUCACAAGAGGAUGUGUUAAAGCAUCCAUCAGUCGGAGGGUUUCUAACACACUGUGGUUGGAACUCAACUAUGGAGACAAUGUGUGGAGGUGUGCCAGUGAUUUGUUGGCCAUUUUUUGCUGAACAGCAGACUAAUUGCAAAUACUUGUGUGGUGAAUGGGGGAUUGGUACGGAGAUUGAUAAUAAUGUUAAGAGAGAUGAAGUUGAGCUUUUGAUUAGAGAAUUGGUGGAUGGUGAGAAGGGGAAAGAGAUGAAGACGAAGGUUUUGGAGUGGAAGACACUUGCAGAGAAAGCAACAUGUCAUGGGGGAUCUUCUUUCAUUAACUUUCAGAGAUUGGUCAAGCAGAUGCUAGCUUCUCCCGAGGGAAACCACUGAUUGGUGUCUUCUUUAAAUCGUUUGUUAUGUAGUGAAUGUGCCAGUUGCCAACUUGCAGUUUGUUUGGGUGGUCCAAAGGUCAGUUACAUGUCAAAACGAUGAGAUUGGCAUUGUUAGCUGGUUUCUUUCUUGGCUUUUAUUAUUUUCCGUUAAAUAAGGAUGGGGAUGAAUUAAUAAUUUUCGGUUUAA